AAUUUCUGAUAUUAUUAUGUCUUAAUUAAAUAUCAUCUUUGUUGAACCGAACCGGUCAGCGGAUUAAAAUUUUCCCUCUCUCGCUCGGGUUACCCGCCCGAAGUUCCCGCCAACGGCCACCCCUUUCCUCAAACGGCCGUCCUUUUUUAGUACUAUUUUUUUUGUAACCGUCUGCCCAAAUUCUACUGACAUUUAUGUGUAUAUAAAUAAACAAAAUUCAACUAAUGGAUCUCCUUUUUCUCUAUCUCGUAAAUGACAAUCCAAGAAAUUUAAAGAACCAAAAAAAAAAAAAAAUGAAGAGUGGAGAGCCAUGAAAACUGUAACUGUAACCACCGUGCUCUCCAUCGUCACGUCAGCUUUUACCUAUCCCGGUGUCUUCCGAUUAUUCUAUUUUUUUAUAAAGAACAAUUAAUCUUACGCAUUCUUUUUUGCUGUUUGGAACCACCGUACCUGGCCAUUCACCGAUCAAAACAUUUCCUACGGCGUUCGUCUUUAUGAGUAAUCCUUCUGUGAGAAACCUUUCCCCUUCCUCUUCCGCUCCUAUAUCCCGAUCCAAGUCGACCCUACCUUUGGAUCAAAUUCAGUGCCCGUGCAGUCCAAGCCACCAGGUUCACUAUAAUCGUAGCAGAAGCGUGAAUUAUUAUAAUCGGAUGAAACAGAAGAACGGAGAGUCGUCGGGACGAGAGGUGACGGCGGCCCUAGUGGAUGUGAAGCUAAACAACAUUGUAGGGAACGGGAUAUCCGGAGUGCUUUACAAAUGGGUGAAUUACGGGAAAGGUUGGAAACCGAGGUGGUUCGUUUUGCAAGACGGAGUGCUAUCAUAUUAUAAACUCCAUGGACCUGAUAAGAUCGUCGUCAGCCAAGAAACGGAAAAAGGAUGCAAAGUUAUCGGCGAAGAGUCUCUUCGUAUUAUAACCAGUUGUCGCAAACCCAUUUGUCAUCAAUCCCUCACCCGUCGCAAACCCUUCGGUGAAGUCCACCUAAAGGUUUCCUCGAUUAGGGAAAGCAAAUCAGAUGACAAGAGGUUCUCGAUUUACACUGGAACGAAAAUGCUUCAUUUACGAGCCGAGACGCGGGACGAUAAGGUCGCGUGGAUUGAAGCGCUUCAGGCGGUUAAGGAUAUGUUCCCUAGGAUACCUAAUAGCGAGCUCAUGGUUCAGGUGAACAAUGCGUCAGUUUCCACGGAGAAGUUGAGGCAACAGCUGAUGCAGGAAGGGGUAAGCGAAUUGGCUAUCCAAGAUAGCGAGCAGAUUAUGAGGACGGAAUUCUUAACAAUGCAGAAGCAGAUGCUGUUGCUUAGACAGAAACAGUAUCUCCUCAUUGAAACCUUGCGUCAGUUAGAGGCAGAAAAAGUUGAUCUGGAAAAUACAGUGGUCAACGAGAGCCAAAACAAGUCGAAUCAAGAGGCUUACGCCAUGGUAAAGCAUGACAGAAGUGAAGGAAAUACAACCGACUCAGAUGAUGACCCUGAAAGAGUUGAUGCUGCAGAAGAAGAAACUGAUGAUGAUGACCAUAAUUUCUUUGAUACUCGUGAAUUUUUAUCAUCGAGUUCUUUCAAAGACAAUGGAUCUGAUGUCCGGGCAUCAUCUUUCUCUUCAGAUGAUGGUCUUAAUACUCUUGGUUCUGAAGAUGACACUGAUCCUCAAAUCAAAUCAGUUGGAAAUAGCUUUCCUUACAUUAAACGGCGAAAAAAAUUGCCUGACCCUGUUGAAAAGGAGAAGGGUGUAAGUCUUUGGUCAAUGAUUAAGGAUAAUAUUGGGAAAGACCUUACAAAAGUUUGUCUUCCUGUUUACUUCAAUGAGCCUCUCUCUUCUCUUCAAAAGUGUUUUGAGGAUUUGGAAUAUUCAUAUCUACUUGACCGUGCUAAUGAAUGGGGGAAAAGGGGGAAUAGCCUCAUGAGGAUUCUUAAUGUGGCUGCAUUUGCUGUGUCUGGAUAUUCUUCAACAGAAGGAAGAAUCUGCAAACCUUUUAAUCCAUUAUUAGGGGAAACAUAUGAGGCCGACUUUCCAGAUAAAGGCGUACACUUCUUCUCAGAGAAGGUCAGUCAUCAUCCUACGAUUGUAGCAUGUCAUUGUGAGGGUACAGGGUGGAAAUUUUGGGGUGAUAGUAAUUUAAAGAGCAAAUUUUGGGGUCGCUCAAUUAUGCUUGAACCUGUUGGUGUUUUGACCUUGGAGUUUGAAGAUGGAGAAGUGUUCCAAUGGAGUAAGGUUACCACAUCAAUAUACAAUCUCAUACUGGGAAAGUUGUACUGCGAUCACUAUGGUACCAUGCAAAUAAAAGGGAAUCGUGAAUAUUCAUGUAAGUUGAAAUUCAAGGAGCAAUCUAUUGUAGACAGAAAUCCUCACCAGGUACAUGGUGUAGUUCAAGGUAAGAAUGGAAAGACAGCAGCUACGUUAUUUGGAAAAUGGAAUGAGAGCAUGCAAUAUGUGAAUGGAGAAUGUUCUGUCAAGGGAAAAGGGCAAGAGUCUUUGUCGGAAGCCGACCUACUCUGGAAAAAGAGCAAGCCUCCUAAAUUUCCCACCAGAUAUAACUUAACACGUUUUGCCAUCACAUUGAAUGAAGUCACUCCUGAUCUAAAGGAAAAGCUACCCCCUACUGAUUCAAGGCUGAGACCUGAUCAGAGGUAUCUGGAAAAUGGGGAGUAUGAAAUGGCAAAUUCAGAGAAGCUACGGUUGGAACAGCGGCAACGUCAGGGAACUAUGAAGCGAAAAGACGAACUAAAGUUGCUUUUUUGCUCAUUCCAAGUUUUAGACUCCCAAUACAGAGUAAAAGCUUAAUGACAUAAAGACACCAAAGCUUUCUAGAACUGACUAGAAAAUGCCAAUGAGGUAGUAAAUGUAAAAAUCUUAAAUGAUGCAUAUGGAGGUAUAGCAGUAGCAGGACCUAAUAUGAAUGUUUAAUGUUUUGGGUUUACUCAAUUUGUUCUGAACGGUUGGACUCAAGGCGACCGUGUGGAGAGAAUAUGAGCUGAGCCAAACAUGUACCAUAAACAUUAAGAAGCCAAAGGACAUCACCGGGGAACAAUAAUAUUAGUUAGACAUUUUCUUGAAAGUUUUCAUAUUGCACCUAGCAACUAGCCCAACUCAACUGCUGACUUGGACGCCAAUGGGGAUUGCCCAUCAUCUUUGUUUCUUUGUCCAAUCUUAGUUUUGCAGAUGCAUAGGCAGUGAUUUUAUCCUAGACCCUACAUGAAAACGGUUUAGUAAUCAUUUGUUGUUGGUAAACUAAGAAAACUACCUUGUUGUGAUCAUAACUGAGUAGGAUGAGCAAUCUAGGGAUCAGCCUAACCACAUCUUGAGUGCUUCUUUUUUGUUAAUCUUAGAAAUGGACUUGUAGGCGUCUUUGCUCUAAAUUUCCUUUCCAAUGUUGAAAUUCAGAGAACAGCAGUUUCUGGAUUUGUAAAUGAAUGAAACACGGCUCGGUAGCUAAUACCAAAAACGCUAUUACAACUACUGUUUUUUUUUUUUGGUUUGUUUACAACCCUCGCUGCGAUACUUGUUAUGAGUUGAGUCAUUGCAGGUAUAUUAUAGUUUGGUCACUAGAAAAAAAAAAUCCUUGCUGAGAUGUUUAACGAAAUCCUGUUCAGUUUUCUGGAUUUGCAUGAAAGGAAUUAGCAAAUAGGUUAAUGGUUGCAUGUGGUCUCAUUUGUACAUAUGAUUGGAUGGGGGAAUCAGGCUCGGAAGAUGCAAGAGAGAGGUUGGAAGCCAAGGUGGUUCGCAAGGGAGAAAAACAACGAUACAUACCGUUAUGUGGGUGGAUAUUGGGAGGCUAGACAGAAGGGAAAGUGGGAUUCAUGUCCAGAUAUUUUUGGUCAAAUCCUUUCUGAUUAGGCUCCUCUCGACUGACUGACCGACCGACUGACUGACUGCAAGUUGCCCCAUCAUUAACUUGUUGAUUCUUUUAUUCUUUUUCUCGAUAUUUUCACGAGACAGGGCGGGCACGGGUACACUUCCACUGGGCCAAAGCUGCCCCCAUCACAACUACAAUUACACUGUAUGUAGGAGAUUGCAGGUGGCCUUAUAUAAGAUAAUAGCUUUAAGAAUAUUAUUUUCUGUUGUUACAAAGAAAACAUUGAAACCAUAAUCCAGUUAUUGGGGUAAGUCAACAACAGAAAAGAAAAA